CAAUUUCAUGCCAUAUAUAGUGAUUUUUCUUUUGGUGGCGAAUAUGCCGAUCGUUGAUUGGUGAAGCAAAUGCAGCGCAAACCAGGAACGGUGGACGCGACCGUACCUUAUCGCGUCUCCGCUCAGGCUAAAAUGACCGUUGAGGCCAAAGCAAGCGGCCUUCCCUUAUAACGGCUACUUUCAAGAAACGAAGAACGAAAACGCCCUUUCAUUUCUUCCAAUCUCCGGAGCCAUCCUGCGAAAAUUUCUUUGCUCUUCGAUCGCCCCAUCCGAUCCCCAAUCUUCCUUGAAUUAUUCGUUUCGGAUUCUGGGUCCGCUCUGCGCUCGCGAUCUUUCGCAAGGAUUCGAGGAAAACCGAGCAUGGACUUGGGAUGUUUCGACAUGGGUUGCAUUUCAGUCUCGGACAAGCAAAAUGCCGACCGUCAUCUCGGUUCGGGAGAGAAGGAAGGCAGCCCAGUCCCAGUCGAGAUCAAGGCGUCGGCCUCGAAGUCCGUAAAGAGUAAACUGCUGAAGGAAACGAGGCAAUCAAUAACAGCCCUCAACAGAUUCGCUUCGCAGAUUAAGAAGCCUUCACACCGUAAGACUUCUCCUAUCAAUUGGUUUCCGCGCAAGAAGGUGGACUCUUACUUAGAGAGGAAGAUAAAAAUGCUUCAGGAAAGAGAUGGCAUGAACUUAAGUCUCGAUCAGACUUUAGAUGGUGCAAAUCCACAUUACUCGAGGGUACUUCGAGAAAAGAUGGCGGCAAGAGAGGCUGCACACCGGGCAAUGGAGGCUCGAAAAGCUGCAUUGGUGGAAGCAUCCUGGAGUCGAAUACUACAAGCAGCCAGGAUUAAGAGUAAAGAAGCAGAAUCGAUGUUGCAGGCAGCGGAGAAGAAUGCUGCUGAAGCUUUUGAAGCAGCAACAGCUAUGGGAGUGAUCAUGUACGAGACACCCAAUUGCCCUCGGCAAUCUACUAAAAUACAAGCUUCUUCUGUAAAUGGAGGAGGUUCUACUACUCAUAAUGUUACAGCCUCUUUCGAAACUGCAUUUGAGGUAGACAGAGAAGUGGCAGCGGCUGUGAAAAGUGCAUUCGUUAGGCUUGCCAAUUGCCCAUCAUUUAGUAAAGAUGAAUUCAGAGACUUGCUGCAAAAGAUCAGCCAGAACCCAGACUCAGGUGAGAAUAAUCAGGAGUUAAAGGAAUUUUCGUCAGAAUACGAUUCGGAAUCGGGGUCAGAUUUGGAAACAGCAUCACAGAAGAAUGCUACUAGCUCUUUGGAUUUUAAGCCUAGCAAGCCGCUUGAUGGAACAAGACAGAGGAAAAACAAGAGGAGGCAGUCCUUGGAAAAGCUCACUAUGGCAAAGCUGGUGGACAUGAUGGUUGAGAGACUCAAGCGUUUGCAAGAAGAGGAGCUUUCUUCUCUUGCCACUAUAGUUGCAACCCGUGGUCUAAAUGCUGCCUUAGCUGAAAUCGAGAACAGUAAGGAUACUGGUGGUGCUGCUGGGUUUUCCAACGCUUCAGCUGUUUCUAUCCCCAGAAGGAUGUCCUCUUCAGGUGGUGCUGCUGGAUUUUCCAAUGCUUCAGCUGUUUCUAUUUCGAGGAGAAUGUCCUCUUCAGGUGCAGGAUCUACCAGCCAUCGAAGUUUUGUAGAUGCACAGGCGAGGAAGAACCAAGCAGCAGAACUGCCAAGUUUGGACAAAUUCUUAGUCAAGCAUAAGUCGAAGCUUGAAAUAGAGGUAGAGAAGGCCAAGAACAGGAAGAAACUUGGAAAUAAAACUGCGGGUAGCGCAUGUAUAACUGGUGACGUCAGCUCGGAAGAUACCGGCACUUCAAAUCAUUCAUCCGAGUCUGUACCCGACUUUGGAAGCAUGCUAAUCAAGCAUUCUUCAAAACUCGAAAAGGAGAUUGAAGAGAUGAAAAGGAAUGGUGGAAAAGAAUAUGAGGCAACUUUGAAGGGUCAAAAUGGGGUCCUUGGUCUGGCCAAAGAUGUUUCUGAAGUUCCAGGCUUAGAUAAGGUUUUGGUGAAGCAUGUCUCAAGGCUGGAGAGGGAAGUUGAAGAAGCGAAGAACAGAAGGCAGAAUCGCUCAGUUGAAGGUUGUGAAAUGACUAGUACAGAGAAAGAAUCGGAAGAAGUUGAUGAAUGUUCAGUUGGGAAAGAGAAUCUGGAUGUGAGCAAUAUUGCAAGAGAAGAUACAGGAGAAAGUCUAGAUAAGAUCCUAGUCAAGCCACUACACAGAUUGGAGAGAGAGAAACUACAAGCGUUAUCCUCAAGAAGCAAUUAUGAAUAUCAGAAGCACCAGAAGAAGCAUGGACAUAAUCUUGAUGAUUGUGAAAGUUUGGACAAAGUCUUAGUGAAACAUGUGUCGAGACUAGAGAAGGAGAAGAUGAGGGCAAAGCCAGAGGAUGGGUUCUCUGUAAAAACGAGAAGCGAUGCGCCCUUGCCAGUGAAUGCUGAGGGUGGUCUGCACCAGAUCUUGGUUAAACAUAGAUCCAGACUAGAGAGGGAGAAAAUUGCUGCUGCUUCACAACAAGAAGAGAAUAAUGUCUAUGCAGCCCGAAGAGAAGCAAAGGCAAGGGAGCUUCAUGACGCAUGGGGAGGUCUAAGUUUAGGGAAUUCGAUGAAGCCGCAUCUCUCAAAACUCGAACGAGAAAAGGCGGCUUGGAUUAAGGCUGAAGAGGAGGAAAGGAAAAGGGCUCUGCUGUAGUUUUAACCUUCGUCCAAUUCAACCAUUUCAGAGGAAUUUUUUCUAGCUAUAAUGUAAAGACAGAGCUAGGAAAAGAUUCAAACUUCAAGCAUAUCUCGUACACAGGAUGUGUUAGCAUUGUUGCGUGAUUUCUAUGUACAGUAUACUGUUGACAUGAGUUCGUUUUACAGUUAAUCUUCAAGGAUCAUUCCAAUUUCCUUAUUGAUCGUGACGUGUAAAGGAGUAUAGGGACAUCUGCUCUCUUGGCUUUUGAGUUCCCUUUAUCUAAUCAGAAAAUUAUCUAAA